CCAGAAUCCUUUUACCCUGUAUCCUUUCUGAUUGUACUGUGGACUCUUCCCCCUUUUAUCUGCCGGCCUCACCUUGGCUCUUCCUUCUUCGGCAAGCAGAUCAUUCUUGUUUCAUCUCCUACAUUCCUUGUUUCGUUCAUCUCCUUUGCCCUGCACGUAAACCUACGACAACGACGAAUUACUGAUGUGCAAUGACAAUCUGAUUGAAUUGAGGGAGACUGAAACAAAGCUGGCCACUAGAAUCAGUGGAAUGAUUCAUAUUACAGACUUAUAUUUCUACGACGAGUUGAGGCGUACAAAAGGACCGCAAGAAGCUGGAGAAUGGCUGCUGAGCCAGACGAAAUCCUGCACAACUACGAAUAGCACAGCAACUUCUUCACCUACAUUAAUCGCUGCUCGAGCCGAAUGGAAAGACAGGUGUCAUGGCAAGUGCAGGCUUGAUUGUGGCGAUUUUGACUGCAAGGGUUCAUAUGCGGCGAAUGAUAUAAUCGAGCAAAAGAAUGAUAGAUGUAUGAAGAAGAUAGGAUCGAAGAUCGGACUUCUGUUCACAGAUGCUGCUCACCUGCUAUUGCAAGAUUGAAUGUUCUUCUGUAUCUUAGAAUGUCGUGUUCAUAUACAAUUCAUUAAAUGUACAUAUAGCAAG